AUGGCUCAGUCUCUCAACCCCAACCUCACUACUCACGCGUCUAAACCCACCCCUUUGGCUCAAAAGCGAGCACAGAGCGUUCCUAGCACUGCUCACGUCGAAGAAUACCGCGACGCCGUCUGUCUAGAUCUCAAUGAGUCCGUCACCGUGGUGGCGGCGGACGACUUCCGCAGACAACUCCUUCCCGAACUUCGACCAGAGAUCGACAUCGACGCGGUCCUGCGGCGGUUGAACGAUGACGGGACGAUUCAGUCAGGCCGGUGGGCCCUCUUUCCAUCCGAUCCCAACGACAUGAUGACGCCACCACCUAAACCCACACCCGUGCACGAAGACAAUGUAUUCAAGAAGUUCGCGGAGCUGGCCAAAGCUGUCGAAAAUGCAUGUCUCCACGUCUCGACAAUCACAGAUACGAAAAGGCUUUGCGAGUUCAAGUGUAAUCCCUCACGGGUACCAAUGUGUCUGUCCCGUCAUAACACUUCACGUCCCGAUAGCUAUGCUAUUCUGUCUUCUGCGAAGGCGGUGAACGAUCCAACUGAGAAGGCGCAGUGGGCGGAGGUUGCUGUUCCAGGAGAGUUCAAGAAGAGUGAUAGUCCCGACGCUAGAUGGGAUAAUCGGAGGAAGAUACUAUGGUCGAUGUACCACAUUCUGCGGGACGAUGUGAGAAGGAGAUUCGUGUUCGGAUAUACAAUUGAGAAUCGGAUGAUGCGCUGGUGGUACUGCAGUCGCACUGAGGUCUUCGUGUCGACUCCAUUCGAUUUCAUCCAGGAUCACAGAUCCGUAGUUGAGUUCCUGCUCUGCGUCGCGUUCGCGGAAGAGCACCAGCUCGGUUGGGAUCCGACAAUCAAGAGGCUUCCACCGACGCCUAUCCACCCGUUGCCACGAUACGAGAUCAUCGUCCGGGAUACCUUGCGGGAUGAGGUAGUUGAGAGGACUUACCGGACGAAGGACCUGAUUUGGAACUACGGGGCCGACGCUUUCCGAGGCCGGGGUACAAGAGUGUGGUCUGUCGUGGAGGUGGAUGCGGAUGGUAACGAAGGCACGGACCUGUACAUCCUCAAGGAUUCAUGGGCGGAUGUCGACCGCGAACGGGAAGGUCGCAUCAACCAGCUGAUACACUCUCGCGUUAUCGAACAAGGCGAAGAACUUGCUCCAGAAGUAUACGAUAGAUUCUUCAUGCAGGUUCACGCGUUCGGCGACGUGUACAUUGGCUCGCGCGUUGAUAGGACGGACAGCUUCAAGGUCGAUAGAUCUGGCGAGGAGCUUCCCAGUCGAGGCACGCUCACGGUCCUGGUACGGACCGACGACGAAGGCAAUCCUCAAGACGUCAAACUUCCUCGCCGCGGCGUUCCGGUUGUCACCCGUUCGAUCAGACCGCGAGAGCCGGUGCUACAUUACUCUCACAAGGUGCAUCAUCGCACUGUUUUCAAAGACGCAGGAAAGGAUCUCUUGGAGGUGGAUACACUUGUCGACGUCUAUUGCCGGAUCGAGGAGGUUCUACUCGGGCUGGAUAUCUUGCACUCAGCGAACUGGGUCCACCGCGACAUCAGUUACGGCAACAUAUUGGUCGUCAAAGGGAAAGCCAAGAUCACUGAUCUCGAAUAUGCGAAGGAAACGUCCGACCUCGGUGCGCAUCAUGGUGUCCGGACGGGAACGCCAUACUUCAUGUCAGAAGAGGUCCGCGCAUCUCGUUAC